UCAAAUUCGGCAAUAACCUCUUCUAUCAAUAUCACAAAGCAUUUGCUAAAAAAGCAGCUGCAACCUUGGCACAAUCCGGGGUCUGCUUGAACUGGUCCAUUCUAGAUUCAAAUCUCCUCAUCAUGUUAACCCAGUCUAUUCCUUGUUCCUCUUGCCAGUCUUCCGGUCACCUUAGUGCAUUUUGCCCAUCAAUCCCCUUCCAAUCCACUCCGUCUAUUCCUCCGCCGCCUCCUCUUACCUUUCAGCCUACUGACCGUAGAGGCAGGAAAAUCCAGGUAUUCAACUCCAGACCAAUUUGUAAUAAUUUCAACGAAAGCACAUGCUCCUUCCCUAACUGUGGUUUUCUCCAUAUUUGCAGUUAUUGCAAGGAUGCACAUCCCAGGUCUGUCUGUCCUCGCCGAGCUCCGUUCAAAAGAAAUCGUAUUUCCAAACCCUAAUAGCCCGUCAUCUUUCAACCCCCAUUAUCAUUUCCGAACUGGCAGUUUGUCUUCUCUCUCACCCAGACCGCACUUUCGUUAAUUUCAUCCUCACCGGUUUAUCUCAAGGUUUUCUGGUCGGGGUCAGCAACCCCCCUUCCCUUACUCAUGUCUCUCCCAAUCUCCAAUCCGCUCUAAAAGAACCCGUUGUUGUCGACCAGUUACUUCAUAAAGAAGUUUCAAAAGGUUUUAUGAUGGGUCCUUUCAAAACCUCUCCUUUUGCCCUUUUUCGCGUGAGUCCCCUAGGGGUUGCCACACGCAAAUAUUCAGGAAAAAAGAGGCUCAUCUUAGAUUUGUCUGCCCCCCAUUCUGGUCAUCACUCCUCUAUAAAUAGCCUCAUCCCUCUUUCCCAUUUUUCCCUUCACUAUGCUUCCGUAGAUCACGCCAUCUCCUUAAUUAAGCUUACUGGUCAAGGAGCCUGGCUGGCCAAAGCUGACAUCUCCGACGCCUUCAAAAUCGCUCCUAUUCACCCCUCUCAAUGGCACCUAUUUGGUGCCAAAUGGAAAUCUCUGUUCUAUUUUGCCGUCCGUCUUACGUUCGGCUGCAGGAGCAGUCCCUGUCUGUUUGAUAAAAUUUCUGAAGCUCUGUGCUGGAUUCUUCUCAAUGUCACUAAACUUCCUUGCGUUCUACACCUCCUGGAUGAUUUCUUACUUAUAGACCCUCCCUCCACCCGUCCUAUUGAAUCACUUCCAAAACUUAAAACGCUCUUUACUCGUCUUGGCGUUCCUCUGUCGGAAGAGAAAACCAUUGGCCCCGCAACUAAAAUAGAGUUCUUAGGCAUCAUCCUCGAUUCUGUGGCCAUGAUGGCUUCCCUGCCCACAGAUAAACUAUCUCGGAUUCGCGAGAUUUCGCAAUCAUAUAGCACCGCAUCAGCCGUUUCCAAGCGGCAAUUGCUUUCAUUGCUCGGUCACCUUAAUUUCGCCAUGCGCAUUAUUCCGCAAGGCCGUUCUUUCAUUUCCCGGCUGCUUGACCUGGCUAAUUCAGUUUCAUCCCUCCUAGAUCAAGUCUCUCUGGACGACGGUUGCCGUUCAGAUCUUUCUUUUUGGGCUAAAUUGCUUUCCGAGUGGAACGGCAAAUCUUUCUUCUACAACGACAUCGUUCACUCUGCUGACAUGCUGCAAUUUUUUACGGAUGCCGCCCCAUCCGUAGGUUUUGGGGGGUUCUUUCAAGAAAGAUGGUUUGCUGAUAAAUGGCCUUCAUCUUUCAACAACUCUCACUCAUCCGCGCUUUGUGAGGUCUACCCCAUAGCCGUAGCUUGCCGCCUGUGGGGCCCUCUCUGGAAAAGGAAGCGUAUCUCCGCUUUCUGCGACAACAUGGCUGUGGUAGAUGCCAUUAACAAAGGUCGCUCCUCCUCCCAGUCUCUCAUGCCUUUCAUCAGAAGUAUAACUUGGCAAGCUGUUACUAAUAACUUCAUCAUCUCUGCUCGUCACAUUCCCGGUCAUUCUAACUCUGCUGCUGAUGCUCUCUCUCGUCUUAAAUUCCAGACCUUCCGCAAUCUUCGUCCUUCAGCCGACCUUCAUCCGACCCCCGUUCCUCCUCUAGAGGAACUCGUUCUCAAUUAACCCAUACUCUUCAUUCUUACUUACUUACUUCCAGUUUUUACACUAGAUCAGGUUUAGCUCCCUCAACAAUGAGAACCUAUAAUUUCGCUCUGCAACUCUUUGCAAAAUUUUGCUUGAGUCUCAAUAUUCCCUUAUAUCCUAUACUUGUUACUUCAGUUUUGGCUUUCCUUUCCUACUGCUUUGACAAACGCCAUUUCAAACUUUCCUAUAUCCGCGGCUUAUUAGCUGGUAUCAAUUUCUUCUCAAAAUGCUAUAAUCCUGAUACUCCUAGUUUUUUCCAAAAUUCCUCCGUUAAGCUCCUUCUCAAAGGACUGGCAAAACAUUCUUUACGCUCUCCUGAUCCACGCAAACCUAUAACCUUCCCGAUCCUGCAAAAGCUUCUGUCCGCUCUUUCAUCUAGCACCUACUCUUCUUACGUUAAAUCUCUCUUAUCUACCACCUUCUCUCUGGCUUUCUUUGGCUUCCUGAGAGUAAGCGAAUUCACUUCAAACAAUAGUCAUUUCGAUCCUUCACGAGAUUUAUCCCUUUCUGAUCUUCGUUUCUAUAUCGACCACUACAAAAUAUUUUUGAAACAUUCUAAAGGGAAAGGCUCUUGCUCCAUUUCCAUAGCUCGUAUAGACGGUCCCUUCUGCCCAUUCAUGACCAUGUUCAAGUUCGUUCAAAAACGCCACAAGGCUUUCCCUCAUUCCAAAGCCCUUUUCGUCACACCCGAGGGUUCUCCUAUAUCGGCUCGCUGGUUCCAAGACCAUCUCAGGAUUACAUUAGAAUCCUGCGGCCUUUCAUCCAUUCACUACACCAGCCACUCCUUCCGGAUAGGAGCAGCCACAACAGCAUCCACUCGCGGAAUCUCUGCUGCUUCUCUUCAGCAGCUGGGCCGUUGGACAUCAUCCGCCUUUACUUCGUAUAUUCGCCCCGAACACUCAUCAAUCCUAGCAACUCAACGCUCUCUC